GAAUGCUACAGUUAUUGUGCAAAUUUUGAAGUCACUUAGAUGGUAAACAGAUUAUCUUGGCCAGCAUUAUGACUCAAUGUUCAUGUAGUGACCCUUUUGUUAUGGGCUAUUUUAUUUUUAAAAGAAUAUCACUUUGAGCUGUUUCAUAUGUUUACCAGUUUGACAACGACAACGACAGUUUGAUUCAGUGGUUUCCUUCAUUUUUGACGUUAUACCAAUCGAUUACGUCACAAUGAUUUGAUAGCUCAUGACAACGAGGCUGUACGUGAUGUCCGUGCGCUAUUCAGUUAGAUCUGGGGUAAGGUGAAAGUAACAUUGGAGUUAACACCAUCAGUGUUAAAAUUUGAUGUAGAAUUUGUCGAAGGCCAAUACUUGAAACAGUCAAGUGGUAUUUUCAGGGUAUUAGGGGCAAAUUUAGUCUAGCAAAGGAGGGAAUUUCUGUUGAAGCUUUAAGCCGAAUGAAAAUUUAUACGUUCAGUUUUGGAGUUUUGCGUGCAGUUGGAUUUAAUAUAUUUUUGAUACGAUGGGCGCAAACGCAAGCGUAUUGCGCAAGAGUAAAUUCGGGAGAAAUGGGCGUGAAUUGCGGCAGAAUACGUCAUCUGAUAUAAAUGACAAGGAAAGCUUAAAGCCACUGGGAUAUCAGCUUCAGGCCACAAUCGGAAAAGGGAGCUACGGCAAAGUCAAGCGUGCUUAUUCAAAGAAACAUCAACGAUUUGUUGCCGUCAAGAUUGUGGAUUUAAACAAUAUGAAAGAAGACUGUCGUUUUAUUCGUCGUGAGAAGCAAGUUACUUAUGUUGCCAACCACAUUAACAUCGUCAAGUGUUUUGAAAUCCUCGAAUGCGGUCCAAAAAUCUAUAUGGUCUUGGAACAUAUUGACAACGGAGACCUUUGCAGGUACUUACGAAAGAAGAAAUUCAUUGCUGAACCUGAAGCCCAGAAGUUGUUCAAAGGAAUGCUGUCUGCUAUUUCGUACCUUCAUUCAAAGAAUGUUGCUCACAGGGAUAUAAAGCUAGAAAAUGUCUUGCUUACGAAAGAUAUGGUACCAAAACUGAGCGACUUUGGGUUUGCCAAAAGAGUUCGUAAUAGAAGAGACAGAAGUGAGACGUUCUGUGGUAGCAAAAUGUACAGCUGUUUCGAAAUUCUUGCAGGUAUCCCAUAUAACAUUUUCAAGGCAGAUAUCUGGAGCCUCGGUGUCAUUCUGUUUACAAUGAUUACUGGGUUUUUCCCAUUUUCCGAAGUAAGGCAACUGCUGAAGAUGAGAGAGGGUGUGUCCUUCAUUGGCUCAAAGCAGGAUAUUUCCAUAGACGUUGCAAAUUUGAUUCGUCAUAUUCUGCAAACGAAUCCGCAUCAAAGGUAUUCAAUCCAGCAAAUACAUAAGCAUAAAUGGUUUCGAAAUCGUUUAGAGUGAACUGUUGUAUCAAUCAUCGAAUCUAUGCCUCUAAUCUAUUACAUGGAUGCACUUAUGCGGAAACGCCAUUAAAUUUCAAAUAUAUUUCCAUAUUUAUUGUAUAUAUAUUUUGUAGAACUUUUAUAGAUAUAUUUUAAACAUCUGCAGCGUGAUUGUUUUGUGUAUGCCACCUUAUUUCCUUUGCAAGAUGAAUACCUCUUAACGGAAUACAAUCGAGGGUGGUAGGUUAAAAUGUAAAAGAAAGUAGGUUUACGACAUUGUAAAGGGUCCCACUGUUUGAAAAUAUGGAAUAAUUGGUUGCAGUUUUACCAAAGAGGUAGGGACCUAGAAUCAUAGAUAUAUGUUUUAAGCUCUUUCAGAAAUAUUAAUGAGUUAAAUCGUGUUUAUCCAUAUGCAAUAUUUCUCUGCAGCAAUUCUUAAAUUACUUAAUUUUCUCUGCAACAAGAUUAUGUAUUUCAUAUUUUCAUACAAAUCCUACUUUUUCUACCCUUGCGAUCAAUAUUUUAUUUCAAUGGCAUAAUAUCAACCAAUUUUAAUCCAAGAAAACCCCAUUUUCAAAAUGCUCUUCCCAAAAUCAGAUACCGUAUUUUUUCAAAUAAACGCACGGGCUGUUCUUUUAAUCCUUAUCUUCGAGAGGGGGUGUUGUUUUUUGUGUUGGGGUUUAGGAAAGGGGCGUUAUGUUAUACUUAAUGUUGAAAAAGUAAGAAAGACAUGAAAAAUUCAGCAAUUGAGUUUGGUUUUAUCAUCUUUACAAGGGAACGAUUGAAAACCUCUAGCAACAUCAUAAACGUGUUAAAUGUCAUUGACGGUUAACAUCAUCAUCAUAUCUCUCAAUGAUAAUAGAGAAUGGGGGUUAGAAGAGUGGGGUUUUUUCAUGUCAUACAGGGGUAUUCAGAGGAAGAGGGCAUUUAAAUGAAGGGUGCAUUUUAAUCGAAGUAACACGAUUUUAAAAGUAAAGAUUCUAGUGAUCUGGAGACGGUGCGAACAAUUUGGUGAGGCCUGAGGCUUUGUCCCUGCAGCCAUUGCAUUAAACUUAAAUUUCACCUAUAAUAGCAAUCUCGUUCUUUUUAUUCUUUAUAGUCGCUAUUCUUGUUCGCUUUUCUUUCUGGCAUUUUCCCAUAGGAAAAUGGCCAGUCCCUAGUCUCAUUGAACCAAAUCUUAAAUCUAUUUUUACUCUCUCAGGGGCCCUCAGGCAAUUCGAGCCGCAACAGCUCUGUGAUUGAAUAUUAAUAAAUGAAUUAAGUCGGAAUACUCAAGUGAAAAGUAACUGUAUCAGACAACUCGUUGUUCAUAUAGAGCCCAAUCUUAUUGGCUAAUUUCAAUAUUGCUUUACGCUGAUUGGUUAGUUGAUUUUAAGUGUCUUGAUCAUGAUUGGCUUAUUUCAUUCAAUCAAAUAUAACUGCAGAUUACUUGGUUUAUUCUUGAAAUGAUUUUAUUUAGCGUUCACGCUUUCUUCUGGGAUUAGAAAAUUCAAUGGGCUCAUGGUGCAGUGUGACGGUAACAUAAGAGCGGUAUUUCUAUGUAGUUUGUCGCUGUUAAGUAACAAUUCAACGUGCUAAAUUUCAUGUCAUAUUUGUUAUGAUUUGAAGCAAAACAAUUUCAGCAUCUAGUGUGCCUAAAUUACAGCUACAUCAAAAAUGCCUGAAAGCAUGUGAAAUAUGUAAAAAUAUGUUAUUGUGUGACGUUGGAUGGAAUAGUGCAUUGCUUUAUCUAAGCUCUUUACAAAGGUAGGGCGGUUCAGAGUUUCAAAUAUUGUGAGUGAGGAAAUUGGAGGUAGAAUGGAAAACAUAUUCACAUUAACAUUGAAUCCCUCUCAAUGUAAAAACUGAGCUGUUACUUUCUAAGUAACAUAGUCAAAAUGCGGCUCUACAUCAAACUGAGAUUAAUUCAUAAUGACACAUAAAUUCAUCUAACACAGUGAAAUACCCCACUUUUUGUUUUUACAAAAUCAGGUAAUAUGUGGCAGAUUUACUGAGAUUUCCUCAUUAAAGACCCGAGUAUUUGUUUAAGCAUAGUUAGAGAGAGGUACUUUUGGUGUUUUUUAAGGCUUUGUUUUCAAUUUUCAUUUAUUCCAAAAAUAGGUUUCAUUACGUCAUCACUUUCCCAUACUUUUACCGUCUUUGCACCACUUGGUACCAGACUCUUUCUGUAAGUAAAGUGAUUUCAUUUUCAUAGAGAGUCUGGUACCAAGGGUCAAUAGAUAGCCAGGAUUGCGAGAAUGGGGGCAAAGGCAAAGUGAGCGCACAUUCUUUGGAACGCCAGAAAACGCCCUUUUUAACGAUAUUUUCUCCUGCUUCCCCCUCACUACGCUACUGCCCGGGGUAGGUUUGAGAUAAGAGACAAUAAGACAUUUGGAUAUUUGCCUAUGGGAUUGUUAUUGCGGAAUCAAAUCCUUCGGGACCGCAUGAAAAGCUCCGAUAUUUACCAUGAUCACUGCUUUUCACUUUCAAUAUGUGGCUUAGUUAGAAUCUGGUGGCAUUUUGCACCAUUCAAACAUGAGAAACCCCUGCCCUAUCCUCCAAGGGUAAUUUUCCCAUAACAUUCAAUUACUGCACUUGAAAAAUUAAGAUGAUAUCAGUUGUGACUGAGUUAUCGAUAAGCUACCAUAUGUUAUUAGUUUUCUUACUCUCGUGCAUUGUCUUUCAUGAAAUACAAUGAUCUUUUUGCAUAUUGUAAAAGGUCUGUUGUUCUGUGUCAUAGAUCCCUGUAAUUAAAACUUUAUCCUCUAAUAAUCAUGAUUUAUUCUAUCCCGUAUAUCCACUAAUUUCCACAUUAUUAGUACUUUUUCUUUCUUCCAAUAUUCUUCUACUGCCUAAUUUCCUCACAGUUGUGUGAAUUUAUUGUAGAUAGCUACGUUUUUUCCCAUCUGUGGAUAAAAUGACUCAAUGUUUAACAUUAUUUUAGUUUUUAGAUCAUCGUGAUUUGGUCAAAUUGACUGAAAUGGGAUUGGCUUUGUUGGGAGUGUUGUUAUUAUUUUUAGACUCUAGGUUUAACCGAUGUAAGAUUCAAAAAUACAACAGCAGAACAAAAGCAUCAAGAAUCACCAGCUCCUUUUUAUUAGAUUUCCAGGAAUCAGUAGGUGUGGACACUUUGAGGAUGAAGGAAGUGCUUUCUGUAAGCAAAUUCUUUCUUAGGGUCGACAGGGCUAUCAAACUCUAGGGAAGGGGGCAAAGAAACUAGUUUUACCACAAACUAUAGCUGAUGCCCACGAUGAACUAUCAAGUUCUGGCGCAUACCCAUGGUUUUGUAAACUUUCCACCCAGGUUUUUGAAGCGGUCCCUAUAAGAUGCAUCUAUAAGUUAGGUCUCUCUAUUCCUAAGACAAUUUAUUUCAAUGAUAGGCAGAGAUAAAUUACAAUUUUAGACAUAAGAUUAAGGAGAUGUGGUCAACUCAGGAGUAGGAAGAAAGAAAAUAAAUGCAAUCACCCUUGAAUACAAUUUGAAAUAAGCAAACAGGGAAUUUUAUCGGUCAAUUUUUCACAAGACAAAAGGCACUGACUGUAGCAGAAAGAUAUCACAAAAGCCAGCUAAAAGUAUUUCAGAGUUCAUUUCAUAUACAAUGAAUUUUAUCGACGUACAUAUUGUUAAGUUGCCAACUACCGUUGCCUUUAAUAACUUCAAAUACAGUUAGACGAAUGAAAUAGAACAAUAUAAAGCAGGAGUAAUAUUUCUACGCUUUCUUCUUAAUGUACCUUAUUAUUGCCUUUAAAGGGUUUUUCGAAGCACUUAGGAAGUGCAAUUAAUAGAUCUCCAGCUCUGGGUGAAAAUUACUCUUGUAAAAACAGAGUCAUCUCUUGGUUCAAAACAUAACCAAUUAUUAUUUUCAACGAUGAAGGGUUAUUUCAAUGAAGUUGUCACGAAGAGAAGACACGUGAGGAUAUUUGUAUGAUUAUGGCAAACUUAGGCGAAAUAAGAGAACCGUUAAUAUAUUAUAGAUCUUUUAAGGAAAAUAUUUGAAAAAUGGACAUGAAGAGUUGACAAUUACUUGUUAGUCAGAUGUGGUAUAAUCUGAUUUUACUCUGUGAAAACCAAUCCCUGACAAAAAUGUUGAGCCAAAAUGCAAGUUUCGUAACUUUCUACUUUACCUUGCCCCUGUAAACUCAAUCCCCCCCCCCUUUCCCCCAAAGCAAUGUUGGAUUUGUAGUUCUAUCAUUUUUGCUUCAAAAUCAUGCAUUCAACCUUGAUUCGGGGGAAGAGGAAGCCAUUUCUCAAAGGAAAGAGAGAACAUAAAGUUUUCUUCAAAAGUCUCAACUAUUCUUAUCCGGGAUUGUGUUAUUAAAACUUUACUCCGUUUUUAAAAUUUCAUAGCUUUCCAUUUUAGCUAAAUUUUGGCACAUGAAAUUUUUUCCUGUUUUGAAAUAUCAUAAAGAAAUUUUAUAAAGCUAUAAUCACCAAAACGGGAAUUAAAGAACAAAGAACAAGAGAUAUGGCAUGGCAUUACAUCCUGUAUUUUAAUACUCCUACGCCUGUUUUGAUCUUUAAUUCCAAACCUAAAAAGCCAAUCCUAUUGAUCCUCCCCGAAUCUCUGACAUGCAACAAUGGCUUAUUUACAAUUAGCAAUCUGUGUUCUUGUAAUUUAAACUAUUCACCUCAACUGCUUUAAGUCAAGUUAUUUUUCGAUACCUGCAUUGGUCAGACCAAAGGGGGCGGAGACAUACCAGAGAGUACCACGCGAAUGGGUCUCUUUUGGGAUUAGAAUCUUGGCAAAAACCUGUCAGUUGGUUGUGGCUCUGCGAUAAAUACCGGCAAAAUGUUGCUUGAUGCACUGAAUGAUUGGAAUUCGAUUCCUGGGAUUUGUAGCUUGGGUAUGUAUGAGUCAAUGGUCUGACCCCAUACCACUUUGCAGUAAAACUAAUGUCAUUUGGAAUAGAACUACUAGAUAGGUUUAACUUUUACCGAAAUUGAAAAUAAACAAAAACAUUAUAGUCAUCAGAUCUUAUCUUAAAGUGAGAUAAUUUUAGGCUAUAUAAUCCUAUAUAAUCCCAAGUGAAGGUCAAUACUUUCAAUUACCCAAGAUCACUGAUACU